AUGCAGUGGAUGCAGCUCGAUCAAAACGGCGACGCCAACAGCUGGUCCCUGGGCGAGUUCCUCGCCCAGGAUGAGGUGCGAGUCAUGAUGCUCGACCCAGCGUGCACCAAGUCGCUCACAUUCCCCGCGGAGGACGAUGGCUCCCUCGACGACAUCCCUUCAUCGACGGACGCCUUCACCGCCGCCGGCCCUGGGCCAUCCAGCGCGGCCUCCGACGGCCUGCACGUGAUCGAGCGGGUACAGAAACGGCACGGAGCCAACGGAGCCAUCGCGCAUGCCCGCAUCGCGUGCGGCUCCGAGGUGGCAGACUUCUUCCCGGCGCUCGCCGGGUGGGGCUCUGUCCCAGACGACGAAGCGGCGCAGGCGACGGCGCCCGCCGAGGAGGCACCGCCGCGCCGCGCACCAUUUGCGCCGCUGGCACGCGAGUCGGACAUCACGGCGGAGCGGUUCGCGGAGCUGGCGGCGCUCGGCCAGCCCUUCAUCGUGGAGGAUGCCGGCCGCGACCUGCCGCUGCUCGGCCUGUCGUGCGAGGAGUACGCGCGGCGCUGGCCCAACGGCUCGAUGCGUGCCGAGUACCUCGAGGGUGAGGAGUGGGGCGGCGAGUGGGGCUUCUUCCGCGACGAGGCGGAGGGAGAGAACAAGGUGACGCGGCCCCGCGGCUGA